CUACUUAAGUUUUUUAAUUGUCGCGACAAAAUACUUGAUUUUGUCUUAUUUUUUAACGUAUUAUUACUUUUGCAACUUUAAGCGUGUAUUAACAACAUUUUCACAUUUUAACCUUUCUAACAUGAAGAUAUUCUUGCAAAAAAUAACUUUUUGGUUUUUUUGUUCACAUACGAUGGUACCAUUGAAAGUAACAAGGGUCGCGAGCAAUCGAUACUCGGCCAUAGCUAAUCGAUACUAUCGAUCUGAAAAAUUCAAGUAUAGUGGUGGUCAAAUUGGCACUUGGGCUUGGCAGGGCUGGAUAGCUUACGAUGGAAAGCGCGUUUUUUCUAUAUUCGCCAAAUAUGUACACACUUUGAUGGAAAAAGAGAGAAAAAAUUAGGGCCACAAAGAGGUUGCAAACAUAUUUGAUAAAUUCGAAUUAAAUCGACUGCUCGGCGACGGGGCCAUUAAGAUAAAACGCGCCACGCACUGUGCCGAUUCCUUUUGGUAAUAUUCGCCACAUCAAUUGACUACGGGCACCGUUAGGGAAAGCAGGACAAAUGGCGGAAAACGGAAUGCGUGUCGGCCCAGGGUCAUCGGCGGCGGCUGUCAAUGCGAAUGCUGGCGCCAGCAACGGGGAGCACGAGAAUGAACACAAUGCUGCUGACAACGAGAAGGUGCAGCCGGCGCGUCUAAACGAAUCGGCCCAGAAAUAUAUGCAGGAACUGAUGAGCGAGCGAUCGCGCAUGGAGAGCCAAUUUCCAUUGGCAUUAAAACUAAUUGACGAAGCUUUGGAGAGGGUGCAGCUGAACGGGCGCAUCCCGACGAGAGACCAGUACGCCGAUGUGUACCAGCAGCGGACGAUUAAAUUGUCGCAGAAGGUGCACGUGCCGAUUAAGGAUAAGAAGUUCAACUAUGUUGGCAAGCUGCUUGGCCCCAAGGGCAACUCGCUGCGCCGGCUGCAAGAGGAGACGCAGUGUAAAAUUGUUAUUCUGGGGCGAUUCUCAAUGAAGGAUCGCACACGCGAGGAGGAGCUACGUAAUUCUGCGGACGCCAAAUAUGCCCACCUGAAUCUGCCGCUCCACGUCGAAGUGUCCACCAUAGCGCCACCAGCCGAGGCGUACGCUCGUGUUGCCUAUGCACUGGCCGAGAUCAGGCGGUAUCUUAUACCCGAUAAGCACGAUGAUAUUCGUCAGGAGCAGUACCGGGAGCUCAUGGAGGAUCCAGAAGCUGCCAAAAAGUUGACCCUGCGCCAAUUACAACAGCAGCAGCAGCAACAACAGCAACAGCAGCAGCAACAACAACAAUCAACUGCUGCCGGUGGCAGCGGCAACGGCAACAAUCGCUCCGGUGGCAACUACAGACAAAAGUAUCAGCAGCAAUCGCACUAUCAUCACAACGACGAGACUGUCUACUACCGUUCACAUAACAAUGCCUAUCACCAGCCAAAGCCCUAUGUGCCAGCUGCCCAGCGGGGCAAUACAAUGCAUACAACCUUGCCGCCGCAGGGAAUUGUGCGUGACUCACCUUGCAUGGUGGUCAGCUCGGCCAGUUUUAAUGGGCGCAACGCUGGCCUGGGCAAUGCCGGCGGCGGGAUAAUGGCAAAUACCAUUGUUGCUGCCGCUGGCGGUGGAAUUGGUGGUGCUGUGCCGCCUAUAAGGCAUUACCGUCCCGCUGCCCCAUAUCAAUUUGUCAAGAAAUAAUAUAGAAGC